UAAACCAUCAUCAUCGCAGUGCGCAGUGAGAAAGUAUGGACAGUCAAAUAAUAGGAAUAGUCAAUAAGUUACAAGACGCUUUCACAAACGUCGGUAUCCCAAAUCCAAUAGAUUUACCACAAAUUACAGUUAUUGGAUCACAAUCUAGUGGUAAAUCAUCCGUUUUGGAGAAUAUCGUCGGUAGAGACUUUCUCCCACGUGGCACUGGUAUAGUCACCAGAAGACCUCUCGUUUUACAACUUAUCAAUAGACCUGCAACUUCCAAAAAGGAUGAUAAUGAACAACGUACGAAUGAAAAUAACCCAGAUGAAUGGGGUGAAUUCCUUCACUUACCGGGUGAAAAGUUCCACGAUUUUGAUAAGAUUAGGGAUGAAAUCGUCAGAGACACAGAAUUAAAAACAGGUAAAAAUGCAGGUAUUUCACCAUUACCAAUCAAUUUAAGGAUCUUUUCACCAAAUGUACUCACUUUAACGCUCGUUGAUUUACCUGGUAUGACCAGAGUACCUGUCGGUGAUCAACCAAGGGAUAUUGAAAGACAAAUACGUGAUAUGCUUUACAAAUUCGUUAGCAAGCCUAAUGCUGUCAUUUUAGCUGUCACAGCAGCCAACACUGAUCUUGCAAACUCUGAUGGUUUGAAAUUAGCCAGAGAAGUCGACCCAGAAGGUACAAGAACCAUUGGUGUUCUUUCAAAAGUAGAUUUAAUGGAUGCCGGUACUGAUGUCGUUGACAUUUUAGCCGGUAGAGUUAUACCACUUAGGUUGGGAUACGUUCCUGUUGUCAACAGAGGUCAACGUGAUAUCGAACAAAAGAGAGCUAUCUCAUCUGCGUUAGAAACCGAGAAAUCGUUCUUUGAAAAUCACAACAGUUAUAGAUCAAAAGCUCAAUACUGUGGUACACCAUUUUUGACCAGAAAGUUGAAUAUGAUUUUGAUGCAUCAUAUCAAAUCAUGCUUACCAGAUAUCAAAGCAAAAAUUUCUGCUAGCUUGGCUAAAUUCCAAGCUGAAUUACAAAGCUUAGGUGGUGCACAUGGUGAAGGAAACGGUGCAAAUGUUGUAUUGACAGUUAUUACUGACUUCUGCAAUGAAUUCAGAACUGUAAUCGAUGGUAACACGCAUGACUUAUCACUUCAAGAAUUAUCAGGUGGUGCUAGAAUUUCCUUCUGUUACCACGAGUUGUUUAACAACGGUGUCAAAUCAAUUGAUCCAUUCGACCAAGUCAAGGAUGGUGAUAUUAGAACUAUCCUCUAUAACUCAUCUGGAUCAACACCAGCAUUAUUCGUUGGUACAACUGCAUUCGAAAUCAUCGUCAAGCAACAAAUUAGAAGAUUAGAAGAACCUGCAAUCAAGUGCUGUGCACUUAUCUACGAGGAAUUGAUUAGAAUACUCAGUCAAUUACUUGGUAAGAUUCAAUCAUUCAAGCGUUACCCAGCACUCAAGGAGAGAUUCAACUCUGUUGUCAUUGCUUCAUUCAAGAAAGCGAUGGAACCAACACAGAAGUUGGUUACCGACAUGGUCAACAUGCAAGCAUGUUAUAUCAACACCACUCACCCAGAUUUCUUAUCAGGACACAAGGCAAUGGCACUUGUAACAGAACGCCAACAGCAAGCUCAAAAGGCACCACCACCAGCUGUUGAUCCAAAGACCGGUAAGUUGGCGCCAGGAGUGCUCAACAAUAACCGUGAUUUGGAUGUCGACACAAAGAAAGAAGAACCAUCAUUCUUUGGCAGCUUCUUCUCAAAGACAGGUGCAGGCGCUCAAAAGAAGAAAUCAGGUCCAAUUAUGGAAUCACCUCCACCACAAAUUAGACCACAAUCUGCGCUCAAUGAUAGAGAGGCAUUAGAAACUGAAGUUAUUAAGAUGUUGAUAACAUCAUACUUCAAUAUCGUAAAGAGAGAAAUGAUUGAUAUGGUUCCAAAAGCAAUCACAUACACACUUGUACAAAAGUCGAAAGAUCAACUACAAAGGGAAUUGCUUCAAGAGCUCUACAAGAAUGAAGUGCUUGACGACUUGAUGAAAGAAUCUGACUUUGUCGUACAAAGAAGGAAAGAGUGCAUAAAGAUGGUCGAAGCACUUAACAAAGCGGAGGAAAUUAUAUCAACUGUUUAACAUUAUUUUUUACGUACUGAUUUUCUGUUUUUUUGAAUACCAAAUAAAUUUUUCAUCAUUUU